GAAGCAGUAUCGCGAUGGCAAGUGAAAAAUUUCGCAAAUUUUUCAGCCCGCAAAAUUUUUACGAGGCGCAAGGACCGAUUUUACGUAUCACUUUUCUUAUGGGACUAACUCCCUUUACAGUGGUACGCGAAGGAUCUGACGUGGCACUAAGAUGCACCCUGUUUGGAUAUCUCAAUUCCUGCAUACAUGUUGUGAUUUUCUGCACCUGCUAUGGCAUUACUUUUAUGAAUCAUGAAAGUGUAACGGCCUAUUUCUUCAACACCGAGAUCAGCAUUUUGGGAGAUUUUCUGCAGAUAGUCAUUGGAUUGGCUGCACUUGUGUUGAGUUUUUUCUAUACAAUUUUUCGACGAAACAAGUUGAUCCACGUUUUCAACUCACUGACCAAAACUGAUGAGCAUUUGAAGGAGAUUGGCGUCGAACCAAACUACAAUAGAACACUUUUCUUCAACUACAUGUUCAUUGUGACUCAGGUUUGCGUUCAAGUCACAUAUUGCGGUGUCUCAUGGACUGUCGCGUCGCUGUCACUGUCCAAUGCUCGACCGAGCCUAACAGCGUGGGUUUCAUUCUUUUUGCCAACUAUAAUCACAUCCAUGUUAAUCACUCUGUUCCUAAGCUUAGUGUACCAGGCUAAACAUCGAUUCUUUUUGUUGAACCAAAUUCUCGAAUCACUGAAAGCGAUCAGCAUGGAGAAAAAUUGGGCAAGACAAAACUCGGUCAAAGUUUUAAAGUUCCAAAAACCACAGAACAUGUCCUCUGUAUUUACCAACACCAACCGCCACCUGCCGGAAACGAUCAAUCGAUUGGCACGUAUUCAGGAUGAGUUGUGCGAUUCUUGCAAUGGCAUCGAGGAAUACUUUAAAAUACAAAUGUUAACCAUUGUGACGAUAGCGUUUUUGAUGGUGGUGUUCGACUCGUAUUAUGUCCUGGAGACUAUUUUCAGCAACAACUUCGUUCACACGUCUUUCAGUAAGAUUCAGUUCGUGUUGUUUUUCAUCUGUCAGGCGGCACUCAAUGCUAGUGGAGUGCUUAAAAUUGUCAUCGUCUGCAGUUUGGCAAAGAAUGAGAACGAGAAAAUUGCUGCAAAUGUGCAUAAACUGAUGAACGUUAACAGUUAUGACGAUGAGAUCGUCAAGCAGCUGGCAAACCUUUCCAUGCAACUUACACACAGAAAAGUUAUGUUCACCGCCUACGGAUUCUUCAAUUUGGAUUUCACAUUGUUAUUUACGUUGAUUGGAGCCGCUACCACAUACCUUGUAAUUCUAGUUCAGUUUACUUUGAACCAAAAUGAGCUUUGCGGCCAAAAGCUGAUCAAUUCAACCAUCGCAUCCUUAGGAAAAAACACCUACUAAUCAUACAGGAUUAGCCGAGACCAAUUUAAAUAAGUUGUACAUGACCACUCACGAUUACUUAAUACGAAAACAGGAAAUUGAUGAUUAAAUCAAAACUUCAAAAAAGCAGCUUCCAGUACUAUGGAAAUUCUACGAAAACACUGGAACAUUAAUGAAAUUCCAAAAUAUGAACCUUCCUUGAAUAAAUAUAG